CUGAGCGUCGAGGCCGCGGGUGUUGUUUGCCGGCGACAGGUCAGAAGGCAGAGAUCGUGAUCGCGGCGGUGUACCUUGUUAUGGUACAUUUCAUAUCACUCGGAUGUUGAUAAAUUAAAACGUGAUAGUUCGAAAUUAAAAUUUUGGUUUUUCUGUAUUCUAAUAUUUCGCAAAACCCACAAAUCAGCUGCUGUCAUGCUUCGCGCGUAUAGGAAAAUCUUAGAAAAACACCCUAUCGUCACUCAAGCCGUGCAGACAGGCUUUUUGAUGGGGGCUGGAGACGUGAUAGCUCAGGUCACCCUGGACAAAAAGACACUGCUGGCCAUCGACGUGCGCAGAACUGGCACCUUCACAGCAAUAGGAUUUUUCUACUUGGGUCCGAGCUUGAGGCUGUGGUACGGAACUCUGCAGAGCCUGUUUGGCACCGGAGGACAGCCGAAAGUGGCCCUGAAAAAGGUCGUCCUGGACCAAGUAUUGUUCGCGCCGGCAGUUCUCGCCUCCAUCCUCACUAUUGUGCCACUUGCCAACGGACAGAGUUUGAACGAGGCCAAAGAGAAGUUGGGCAAGGAGUACUGGCCCGUCUUGAAAGCCAACUACCAAAUCUGGCCUUGGGUGCAAAUUGCCAACUUCUACUGGGUGCCCCUUCAGUACCAGGUGCUUGUGGUGCAAGUCGUAGCCCUCUUCUGGAAUGUGUUUGUCUCCUGGAAAGCAAACUCACCCAUGACUGUUGAUACCAAAGAAAAAUAGUUAAAAUAUUUUAGAUCUGAAAAUUAUCAGCAAAUUCCUAAUAACACUCCUGGUGGAGUAAAAAAACCAAAUAAAUAUUUGAAAUGCAUAUCAAUGCGUGA